AUGUCGACAGGCCCCUCCCAAGCAGAGAUCGACCUCUACGGAACUGUUGUGGCUAGAUCUGUCUAUGCCAAUGUCACCCUCACCUUCAUGGACGUCGGUAUACAACUUUUCAUGUGCCUUUACGGACUCUCCACCUUCCUCGAGACGCCGAAAUCCCUCAGGAAAGGUCGGGUGCCGUUCGUCGCAAUAAGUUUCAUUAUAUGGGCAACAUCGUCUUUCACGGCGAUCCUAGACUCAUAUGUUAACUUCCAGACACUCUUCGACGCGGGACCGACAGGGAGUGACUACGUGGUGCAGUGGAGGAGAUAUAACGCCAAUUCAAACUGGUUCCAAUACGCCAUAUCGACGUCGUUGCUCGUCUAUAUUGCCAUUGGCGAUUGUUUGAUGUUGUACAGAUGUUUCGUCCUUUGGAGGGAUCGACUGUGGGUGAUGGUUCUCCCCGUCCUGACUUUCCUUGCCUCAGUCGCUCUGGGGAUCUUGAACGUCUACCCUUGGUCGCGCUUCAUCUCAAGGGUUCCAACGAGUGCCUGGACCCUUGUAAGCGUCGCCAUGAACAUCAUGGUAACUGUCUUGAUCGUCGUGCGCCUGACUCGCGCUCGAAGAGACAUCGAGAGAGCGAUGCCAGGUAAUGAUACCCGUGUCUACUCCGGGAUAAUCGCAAUUGUGAUCGAAUCCGCCACCCCCGUGACAGUUUUCGGGAUUCUGUUCUCAUUGAUGGUGCUACUUAUGUAUCGAUGGGAGACGUUGUAUCAUCAGGUCACUGUUGCUUAUGCGUUUGAGACUGUGUUCGCCAUGCUCUAUUACUCGUUCUGCGCACUCUCACCCCAAAUGAUCAUCUUUCGAGUGACAACUGGAAGGUCCUGGACUACAACUUACGACCGGGAAAAGGCCGCAGCGGCAUUUUCACGUCCACUGGAGUUCCGACAUACAACGACAGACCAUACUGGACUCUACUUGCACGGCGAGCAAACGUCUGGACCUAACGAAGGCCAAUUGGAAGUUUAA